ACAGUUCCCCGAGAACAAACUGAAAUCCUCUCAGUCUUCCCCCGGUGGCCGGCUCUGUCUCGACCAAUGAACAACCAGCUCUCCAACUCUACUCUGGGAAACUGGCAAGGCGGGACUCAGAGGGGAAAUAACUUCACGCUCCUCCAACAACUAAAAGAAAGAACAUGCAAACAACCGCACAUGAACAACAGUCAGCUGAAUAAUACUGUGAGAGAAAAGAGAAAUCACUCAGCAGGGAAUUAAACUCAACCUCCUCAAGCUAUGAAUGACACUUCCCAAACUGUAUAGUAAUCUGAUUACCCAGGAAAUAACCGACCUAUCAACUGCUCACUUGUUCGAGAUCAUCUGUCACCACACCGAGUAUGAGAAGUUCUGGAUGCUCCGAACUUCAAAAGAUGCCCGACAACAAAGUGGGCUUCACCAGGAGAACUCUCACCACAGACACGGCACACGAGAUCUGUUCAUUACAUCAAACUCUACUUUCAUGAUCCGCAGAGAACCUCACUGCGAAGAAUCGACCGCUUCCACAAAGUGUCUGUGUGGAUGCGGUUGCAUCUGUCCAUUUAUUACACAAUUUUAAAAAGAGAGAGAGAGAAAACGAAACAGGAAGUGCAGUGGGAGAACGUGACGCUCGUCAUGGUUCGAGCUCUAUCCCCUGACGAAGUCAUCGGGUACCUCGGGGACAGCGUUACGUUGCCCUCAAGAGCAGAUCCAUCAUGGAAGCUCGACACAAUCGAGUGGUCUAUUCUCUCCAACAACACGUGGAUUGCCACCCACACCAACAGAAAGACCAACACUGAACGUUUCUGGCAACAUAGAGGGCGACUCAGUCUCAACAACAAAACAGGUGACUUGACGAUCCAUCAUUUGAAGAGAGAAGAUGAGAUGGAGUACACUGUGGAUCUCAUCAGCACUGAGAGAAACGCCACGGUGAACAAGGUGCGGCUCAUAAUUAAACAACACCUGCAGCCGCCGACCAUCGAGACACUUUUCAAAUUGCGUAAGGAAGGAGGCUGUUGGACGGGGCUGCGGUGUUCCUCUCAAGAUGGAGGGGUUGAUUUCUCCUGGAAGGUCAAACCUCUCACUGCGGAGGCCUUCAGCACGCUGAGUAACGCUGAGGGAAACUCAGGAGCGAUAUUCACGUUCCUCAACAACACAGAGAUCCACGAGUUCACCUGCACCACCAGCAGGAACAAGGACAAGGUCUCGGGGACUUUUUUCCUACAUUGUGAAACACCCAGGGAGAGAUGGGGAAUGUAUUUAGCCCUCGGCUUUGCCGUUGUCACUGUCAUAAAGUUGUGGUCACACACAAUGUGUUCUCCUGAGAAAAUGGCUGUUUCUUCCUCCUCUCGUCAGGAAGGAAGCCGCACAGAGCCCAGCACAGAGAGCAUCAACAAUGUCUGACAACGACUGCGACGUGAUGUAUUUGUACAAAUGUAUACAGAUGAUGUAUAAAUACUUUUAACAUACCUCUUCAUUAUGUUAAUAUUCCGGGAGACGUCCUCACAUGUGUCCCUCUGAGGUUUCUACAUUUUUUCCCCAAAGUGUUUUUUGGUAGUUUCCCUCGAGGUAAGAACAGACGACGUGUCUCCUCGUUAACAUCUGUGACACAAACUGCCCAAAGAAGAUUCAUGUGAUUGAUUUGAUGAAUAAAUCUGAUUACAGAUUAUAAUCCUGGCAUUCAAGACAUUGAGUUUAUUUC